AUGCACGGCACAGUUUCACGGGCACGGCGCCGCGGUCCGACCGGCACGCGGCCCCUCCGUCGUCGCCGCGGCCGCGUGUGCACGAAACCGUACGCUCGGCCGUGGUUUCGCUGGAUACCCGACCCGGACCGAGUGGCCUACGACUCGCACGGCUGGGGCGCCCGUCCGACGCCGACUAGGAAGAGAUUAUCCCCGGUCGAUGCACGGCACAGUUUCACGGGCACGGCGCCGCGGUCCGACCGGCACGCGGCCCCUCCGUCGUCGCCGCGGCCGCGUGUGCACGAAACCGUACGCUCGGCUGUGGUUUCGCUAGAUACCCGACCCGGCCCGGGUGCCUACGACUCGCACGGCUGGGGCGCCCGUCCGACGCCGACUAGGAAGAGAUUAUCCCCGGUCGAUGCACGGCACAGUUUCACGGGCACGGCGCCGCGGUCCGACCGGCACGCGGCCCCUCCGUCGUCGCCGCGGCCGCGUGUGCACGAAACCGUACGCUCGGCCGUGGUUUCGCUGGAUACCCGACCCGGACCGAGUGGCUACGACUCGCACGGCUGGGGCGCCCGUCCGACGCCGACUAGGAAGAGAUUAUCCCCGGUCGAUGCACGGCACAGUUUCACGGGCACGGCGCCGCGGUCCGACCGGCACGCGGCCCCUCCGUCGUCGCCGCGGCCGCGUGUGCACGAAACCGUACGCUCGGCUGUGGUUUCGCUAGAUACCCGACCCGGCCCGGGUGCCUACGACUCGCACGGCUGGGGCGCCCGUCCGACGCCGACUAGGAAGAGAUUAUCCCCGGUCGAUGCACGGCACAGUUUCACGGGCACGGCGCCGCGGUCCGACCGGCACGCGGCCCCUCCGUCGUCGCCGCGGCCGCGUGUGCACGAAACCGUACGCUCGGCCGUGGUUUCGCUGGAUACCCGACCCGGACCGAGUGGCUACGACUCGCACGGCUGGGGCGCCCGUCCGACGCCGACUAGGAAGAGAUUAUCCCCGGUCGAUGCACGGCACAGUUUCACGGGCACGGCGCCGCGGUCCGACCGGCACGCGGCCCCUCCGUCGUCGCCGCGGCCGCGUGUGCACGAAACCGUACGCUCGGCUGUGGUUUCGCUAGAUACCCGACCCGGCCCGGGUGCCUACGACUCGCACGGCUGGGGCGCCCGUCCGACGCCGACUAGGAAGAGAUUAUCCCCGGUCGAUGCACGGCACAGUUUCACGGGCACGGCGCCGCGGUCCGACCGGCACGCGGCCCCUCCGUCGUCGCCGCGGCCGCGUGUGCACGAAACCGUACGCUCGGCCGUGGUUUCGCUGGAUACCCGACCCGGACCGAGUGGCUACGACUCGCACGGCUGGGGCGCCCGUCCGACGCCGACUAGGAAGAGAUUAUCCCCGGUCGAUGCACGGCACAGUUUCACGGGCACGGCGCCGCGGUCCGACCGGCACGCGGCCCCUCCGUCGUCGCCGCGGCCGCGUGUGCACGAAACCGUACGCUCGGCUGUGGUUUCGCUAGAUACCCGACCCGGCCCGGGUGCCUACGACUCGCACGGCUGGGGCGCCCGUCCGACGCCGACUAGGAAGAGAUUAUCCCCGGUCGAUGCACGGCACAGUUUCACGGGCACGGCGCCGCGGUCCGACCGGCACGCGGCCCCUCCGUCGUCGCCGCGGCCGCGUGUGCACGAAACCGUACGCUCGGCUGUGGUUUCGCUAGACACCCGACCCGGCCCGGGUGCCUACGACUCGCACGGCUGGGGCGCCCGUCCGACGCCGACUAGGAAGAGAUUAUCCCCGGUCGAUGCACGGCACAGUUUCACGGGCACGGCGCCGCGGUCCGACCGGCACGCGGCCCCUCCGUCGUCGCCGCGGCCGCGUGUGCACGAAACCGUACGCUCGGCUGUGGUUUCGCUAGAUACCCGACCCGGCCCGGGUGCCUACGACUCGCACGGCUGGGGCGCCCGUCCGACGCCGACUAGGAAGAGAUUAUCCCCGGUCGAUGCACGGCACAGUUUCACGGGCACGGCGCCGCGGUCCGACCGGCACGCGGCCCCUCCGUCGUCGCCGCGGCCGCGUGUGCACGAAACCGUACGCUCGGCUGUGGUUUCGCUAGAUACCCGACCCGGCCCGGGUGCCUACGACUCGCACGGCUGGGGCGCCCGUCCGACGCCGACUAGGAAGAGAUUAUCCCCGGUCGAUGCACGGCACAGUUUCACGGGCACGGCGCCGCGGUCCGACCGGCACGCGGCCCCUCCGUCGUCGCCGCGGCCGCGUGUGCACGAAACCGACUUAACCUAA